AGAAGACAUGACUUUAUUGGUGCAUUUUAGGUCAAUUCAAUGUGUAUACAUGAUUAAAAAUAUGGGAUGUUCCCGUAAUUAUAAAUCAAAGGCAGCUGUAAACAAUGUUUCAGCACCUUUGCAGUUUUAUAAGUUAAUUUCCAGAUAAGUGAAGCAUAAAAAAGGCUUGGGAAUGUUUAAGAUUCGACUUAAACGUACAGUAUAUCAACACAGAAGAGGAGCUGGUAACCACAAGAUCUGCAGUUUAAUAGUGAAGUGGAACAUCGGUGUCGCUAGUCUAGAGCGUGAUUUUUCAGAGAAUUUUAGCUUGGUUAAAAAAAAUAACUAUGAACAAAAUUAUAAAGAAAUAAAGAGUAUUACAACUGGUUAUGAAAAUAAUAAAUGAAAUGAACAGAUAAAGCCAUUCUUUUUAAUAAUCUGACGCGCCUUCAAGAGCGCGCUGCGCGUUAUCGGAGUCGUCUGGGCAAGCGCGCCUCCAUCAGAGACAAUCCGCUGUAUCUUCCGUGGGCCACAUCAGCAAGGACAACAGCAAUAAGAUGUCGGGGAUGAAGCAGCUGGUUGCAACAUGCUGGACCUGCCUGCUGCUCUCCGCUUUCCUGUGCGAGCCUGCGCUCUGCAAAGGAGGUCGCGGAGGCUCUCGGGGCUCCUCUCGCGGAUCCCCCGCGCGCAGCUCCACAGCAGGGACCUACCGGGGAGGCGGAGCCUACGGCGGGACGCGCUCUAGGUUCAGGGUCGCUGGCCGGUCGUCCCCGGUGAGGGUGGCGAGCGCUGCAGCGGCCGGAGCCGCGGUGGCCUUAUCGGCAGACAAAUGGUACGCGUCCGCCUACCGCCGCAGCAACACGGACAGCUCGGAGGAGGAGCUGGAUUACUACAACAGGACCAAUUACUUUGAUGCGUUAAUGUCGAGCUCAACUCAGAACGGAUCCUUUCUCUCUAAUGUUGUCAAUGUUAUUAUUGCAACAUUUUCCGCAAAGUAUGGACUCGCGUUGGACUUUAUACAGUAGAUACAUUUCCAUCAUUUUAGGAUAAAUUUCUGAUCUUAAGAAGCCCAGAUUAGAAGUACUGUCACAAAUACAUUAUUGUGCUGUAUGUAUCUAUAGUGAUUUUAUACUAGUGGAAACAACAUUACCAGCAUUGUAUUCCCUCACUGUUUACCUUUUAAACAUAUGCACCAUGCAAAAUGCUAUGUCUGAAAAACACAAAGAGCCAAAUUCAACUGUUUUCAUACAGUUGUAACUACACUGCCAAUAUUUUUACAAAUAUAAAUUUUUAUUGCAAAGUUCUCUGCACCUCACCAACAGAUUUAUGGGUCGUUUAAGCAGACUUUGAUCCAAUAAUUGUUGACACAUGAACAGCAGACUGAGAUCAAGUUGGAACCAACAUAAUUCUGUAUGAAAUUAAUGCUGCUAAUCUUUUCUCACAGUCAGAUCGAACUUUUGGACUUUUAAUAUUUAUUGCUUUCAUGCACAAACUUAAUUUCCCCAAAACGCUUUGGUUCAUGUUCUUAUUAUCUUAUGUCCUAGACAAAGCAUUUUCCCCAAUUUCCUUUUUCCAUGUUUUUUUUAUAGCAUCUUGGGUUUUGAGAUUUGUCACAAACAUCAAGCAGAAUGCUCUUUGUAUUUACUCCUUUCUCUUGUUUUCGUCUUGUGUUCAUCCUCCCAAAGGGUCUCUCUCAGGAGCAACAGACUGUUCCAUAGCUAAAAGUGCACUCAAUUAUACUCUGCAACUCUUGUGUACAUAUUAAAUAAACGGUUUGUAAUCACUGUCUCUCUGCUAAUAAAUAAACUGUUUUAACCA